CGAAGAUGAUCUCUUUCGCGAUGAACCUAUGAAGGAUCCAAUGGACUCAUCGAGCUAUGGCUACACGCAUCACAUCUAUACAAAGAACUUGGUAUACAGCUAUAGAGGUCAAGAUUGAAGACGAGCGAGAAAAUAUAAUCAGCACUGCAACUGCUUGUUUCAUCUUCACAGCUGGAAACCUAUGACGUAAUUAGACACUGGCGGAAGGUGUUGGACGAAUUCGUGGAACAAACUGGUUCAGACACCAUGUACGACAGUGAAGUGAGUACCAUGCUACCACGUAGCGUCUGUAAUGACUUUCAACAUUUGCAGCAUUAUGCUCACGGAAGCACACACCAGCAUGGACAUGUUGCUGCGAUUCUACCAAUCUGACGACGGUUCUGAGCAAAGGGCCCACUUCCCGUUCAACUUUGUUCUACUGAGCGAGUUGGACAAGGGUUCCAGUGCGCGUGACUUCAAGUAUGUCAUUGAUCGGUGGCUGGAAAAUUUGCCACGUGGAAAGAUAUCCAACUGGGUGUUGGGAAACCACGAUCAGCCCAGGAUAGGCAGCCGCUACGGUGAGGCGCGAAUUGAUGCGAUGAACGUCCUACUGCUGACCCUGCCAGGGGUGGCCGUCACGUACAAUGGUGAAGAAAUUGGUAUGGUUGAUUAUCGCUAUAAUCCUAAAUUGUCCUGGGAAGAUAGCGUGGAUCCGCAAGGCUGCAAAGCUGGACCCGUAAUGUACAUGUUGAAAUCGCGCGAUCCUCAGCGUACACCGUUCCAGUGGGAUGACACACAUAACGCAGGAUUUUCCGUAGCCAACCGAACGUGGCUACCGGUGUAUCCGUACUAUCGGCAAAACAAUCUACGCAAGCAGCUCGAGCACGACUGGAGUCACUACCGGGUGUACGUGGAAGCUGUUAAACUACGCCGCCAUCGGGCGUUUCGUGAAGGAUCCUUUCGGUCCAAGGCGUUAAGCGAGCAUGUGUUUGGGUUUGUGCGAUACAUCAAAAAUGAUCCUACCGAUAGAUCGUUUUUUAUCGUUAUCAUCAAUUUGAGUGGCGUGGCGGCCGAGGUGGAUCUGCUCGAUUUGUACGAUACGGUAGCGAUGCGGGUGCAGUUGGUAGGGACCGAAUCGCGAUACAAAAUCAACCAACGUGUUAACUCUUCCCGGCUGCCCGUUGGACCGUACGAGUCGAUCAUCUUAGGCAACGAUGCUACAUCGUCUGCGGGAACUGCUGUAAUGGUUUGCUUGAAGCUUAUUUUAGCAAGUUUUUUUAUGGGAAUUUUUUUGAUGAAAAAUAUAUAUAUUUAGUG